AAAGGUACACUUUCUGUUCACAUUCCUAGGGACACAGCUCCCGCUGCAUGCAAGCCAAAUUUCCCAAGAUCUCAAGGCAAAGACAACGUCUUGCUUCUCGCUCUGAAUAGUGCAUGAGUUGAAGGUUUCACGGGACAAUUCUCUGGAGUUUUUUUUUGCCUUUUUUUUUUCCUACGUGGGUUUUGUAGUCACAUUUUAUUCAUUAAUGGAUUAGACAGUAAUUUUUCUCUAACUUCAAGUCUUGUUAUGUCUCCUUCGCUCCCAGCUCUGUAACUGAGUGUCCCAAAACACGUCCAUCAAUUCAUAGUCUAUCUUCGUUAUAAGGUCAUUCUGGAAAACUGACAUCAGCCAGCUCUACCCUGUAGUGAAAGGAUAAAAUGGGAACAGUAUUUCCAUUAGGAAAAGUGUAUUUUGAAAGACCUGUAGCUCAGUGGGACAAUGUAAGGUAAAAUACACAUGAGCUGUGAAUUUGAUGGCAUUAAAAAGGAGUUUAUAGAGGACAGUUGCUUUGUGCAGGAUACUGUCAUUUCCUUCCCCACUCCUAUUAUGUAAAGAAACUCACAAUUCACUAAUUUGCUCAUCUAAAUUACUCUUCGUACUCCAGGAAAAUCGGAAUGGCUUAUAAUCACAGGACUGUCAUUUUAUUUUGGGUGGACCAAGUCCACGUCUAUAUACUCCUUACAGAAUUACGUGUAAAAUGGGGCAUAUGUGAAGGACUUGUCAGUAGAUUAACAGCAAAUUGCUUGGCCUGGACAAGAGCAAGUAAAUUUGCUAUUGCAAGCUGGAGCAACAUGUUAGAGGCCACCUUCCUUAGAUCAACUUGUGUAUUGCAACACCAGCAAGUAAUCAAAUUGUAAUGUACUUUAAUGCAAAGCCUAGUUUGGCUUGGUUGGCAAAUUAAACUAUCGUUCGCCUCUAGCAAAAGCAGAAAGCCUUUGAACUUUUUGACUGCAGCUGUAGCUUGCACACCUUAUUUUCCCUUUUAAAAAUCAAAUUAAACUGUAACCUGCAGCCUCUGCGGUAAGUUUCAAGGAAAAUUAAACUGUUGCUAACCUUUCUAGCAAAGAUAACUGUCUCUAAUCAAGCUGAAAAGUCCAGUCCUAAAUUCCCCUUUCCAAGUUUAGAGAAAUUCAUUGCAGGAAAACUCCAGGGGCUAUUAAGUACAAAGCUAUUACCUCUGACUCAGGAAGUCCUUGGGCAUGAAUAACUAGAGACUGGGAAAGUUUAUCGGGAAUUUAUUGCUCUGUGCUUCCCCUUCUCUUUCAUUCCUCUUGCAGAGUUUGCUGUGGAUCUGUCUGGGAGGCAGGACACCACACAGCUGCUCUGCUCUGGUUCUCAGGCUCAAAGGCUGAUCCAAAUUCAGGACACCGACAGGAGCACUGCCCUUGCUCCUCAGCAUUGCCCCAGUGGUCUCGGCAGCAUGUUUUGUGUAAAACAGCGAUGGGUCUCGUUCCCUCCUUUUGACUUGUCCUUGGCCCUUUCUCACCGUGUGCUAGAAGCGGCCCAGGCCCAGUCACUGCCCCUUUCACUGAUGUAUCUAACUCUUGGAUGCGAUGCCCUUCAGCUCCCUCCCUCUUGUUAUUUGCUUUGUCCUGCUGGCAGGAGCACUUGGCAUUUGACUUGCCCUCACAACGUUCCUGUUUUGCUUGGAGCUCUCAGAGAUAGGAUUUUUCCCAGCCUGGUUCGCCUUAAAUCAGAUAAUAAUGAUAAUGAUGCCAUUGAACAAAUCGAUGAAGAUAUAGCUGUGACUCAGAGUCAGGUGAACUUCAUUUGUCCCAUUACACAGGUGGAAAUGAAGAAGCCGGUUCGAAACAAAGUCUGUGGGCAUUCCUAUGAGCAAGAUGCCAUUCUAAAAAUUAUCCAGACUCGAAAGCAGCAAAAGAAAAAAGUCCGCUGCCCUAAAAUUGGCUGUAGCCAUGAUGAUGUAAAAGAAUCAGAUCUAGUGCAAGACGAAGCACUUAAAAGAGCGAUUGACAGUCAGAAUAAACAAAGCUGGUCAACGCUGUAGAAGUCAGCUGGAGAUGUUGCUGCCACAAAGAAAAUUUGUUAUUAGAGAUCUUGUGAGAUAAGCUGCUGAUUGUGAGCAGGUUGUGUAACUGAUUGUUAUUUAAAGGGUUUCAUUUAUAGGCAAAGUUGAAGGUCUCAGCUGUAACUGGAAGUGCUUUCUUAAACUGCCAAAUAUGAGGGAUUCCAGUGUAGCUCGUUGUUUUCUCCCCUUUCUGAAAUUCAAAAAUCUUAGAUUUGAUAAAUAAAAUGUGAUUUUGGUUAUUUAA